AUGCGAGAGCCUUCUAAGAAGUCAAAGAAGGCCAAAAAGGAAAAAUUGGGAGAAACUUAUGGGUCAAGACCUCCAGUCCCUCUGACUGAGUCACCAAGUAAGUCUCUGCCUCCUUCUCGCUCUAUAAACUUAAAACAAAUUGCUUCUUCUCUACCCCAAACCACCCCUAUCUACACCCAAUCUGAAACCCCACCCUCUACCACUAAACCCUCUAAUCCACCAUCUCAAAGAUUCAAUCUCUCCACCACUACCUUACAUGUUUUUGUAGCAGAAAUGCUGAACGAAACCACCUCACCUUCAUCUUCUACACCUUCCUCUCCACCAUACUAUGUUCUUUCCUCAGACUUAGAACCCUCUGACCCCCAAUCCCCCACACUAGCCCACCCUCAGGCGCGUGCUCUUGCCUCACAGCAACAAGCACAACUUGAACCAGAAGCCACCACUCCACCUCCUGAACAACAAAAUCCACCUCCAUUUGAACAACCUCAAACACCACCUCCUGAACAACCAGCAACUCCACCCUCUAAACAACAACCAAGUCCACCACCUGAACAAACAACACCACCACCCUCUGAUAUCCCCACCAUACCACCCUUUGAGGACAUCAUCAUCACUACCCCUCAAACUCCCGCUGACGCCACCGAAACACCACCCUCAUCUCCAUCCCCCAACCAAGAACCAGAACCUGCCUUCCCCAUCUUAGAAGAAGCAAUUACGUUAUUUGCAGAGUCUUCAGUGGAGAAGAUCAAGUCUAUAGAUGCUGGAGUAAGGCUACAAGCUCGCUUGGUCAGAGAGGCUGAGGAAAAGGCCAGAAACAAAGCAGAAGAGAAAGCUCGCCUGGAAGAGGAGCAACAAAUUAGAGAAGUUGAAGAGAAGGCUGCUGCUGAAGCCGCUGCUACUGCAACUGCUACUGCUGAAGCUGAGGCAAAAGAAAAAUCUGAAGCUGAAGAAGCAGCACGCAUUGCUGCAGAGGAAGCUGCAAAGGCCAGCGUUGAUGCUCUGACUCAGGGGGGGGGGGGAGAAACUGCAGAAGGAGAAACAAGUUGUGAGAGCAAGAUUGGAUCACCAGGACUCCGUCAACAACAACAUUCAGAACUUGCUGACUCAACUGCUCCAAAGGAUGCCUCCGCCUCCAAAUCCUUAGGCACUUAG